AUGGCGGCUACUGCGACUAUGACGCCAACAACGUCAACAAAUACCUACAGCAGUAUUGUUGUCACCAGCUUUCCAUCCAACCCGCUUACUACCCAAUUCGUUGCGCCGACGUCUUGUGGCGAGAUCUACAAUGGCAACAUCUACAUGCUCGAUCCCCAAGAAAACUGUCUUCCCUCGAGUCAUCGGAAAGAAGAAACGGCCUAUUUUUCGCCAGGAUAUGUAUGUCCUAAAGGUUACAUGACAGCCAAAAUCGACAACAAGGGCGUCCGCAGCAUCACCACCGUCACUUGCUGCCCUUACCGCAGCGACAUCAUCCUCUCGGCUGUCGACCCUGCUACCCUCUCUGGCCAAUGGAUUGGUCUAUUUUGUACUUGGAUCGCCCCAGAGGCCACCCGAAUCGACAUCGUCCACACUGCAGAUACUCGCACAUGGACUCAACAGGAGUAUGUGACGUCUCCAGGCGGCGUCAAUGCAUAUGGCGUCCGCAUGGUCUACCAGUCAAGCGACCUAUCUUCAUCAGCGACAUCUUCAAUGGCCUCGGUAUCCGCUACGAGCACGGGUAACGUCACUGUAGUUGGACCAACAUCCGAGCGAGGGCUAUCAAGCGGAGCAUCAAUAGCCAUUGCGGCCGUCGUGCCGGUCGUCGUGCUUGGCUUAGUGGCUGGCGGUCUAUUCUGGUGGUGGAGGAAACGGCAGGCGUUGAAAUACAACCGCGUGAAUGACGCCAAUAUGGCCCAAAACCAGGGUCCGCCUGGCAUGCCCCCGGCACAGCGGAUGCACCAGCCUGGCCCGGUCCACGAGGCGUCCACGACGCAGCAGUACCAGGAUCCGCACGUAUACCAACAACAGCAUCAUCACCCGCCGGUGCAGACGAUGCAGUCAAUGCAAUCCCUGCCCUCGACCUAUCCGUCAUCUACAACGGCAUCAUCUGUCCAGCAGUCGUCUCCCAGCGUGCCAUACUCUCAACAAUACGGUCACAACGGAGUGUACACAAGCUAUGCCGGGUAUAAGCCGCCUAGUGUGUUGGAGGAGUCCCCUACGGCACCGUCUGGGCAGACAUUCACUUCAGAGCUGCCUGCAGCUGUCCCAAGGGAGCUGCCUGAAGACCGUCCGGGCAUGACAGCGUCAGGAGUGCAUAUUGACCACCAAAAAGCCAUGGGUAUGGGGCCUCUUAGAUGA